ACAAUAUUUCCAUCCUCACUUCACCCACUGUGACUGUGAAGAACGAGGAAACAGAGUGAGCACUGAUCAAACCACAGAGACGUGCAGCAGUUAAACUGAAGUCACAAAGUCUCCGACCGGCCGCUGGACAACAGCCAACAAUGAGGUACACGUUCAAACCGGACGACUGCAUGGUCAUCACCAUCCCUCUCACUAGUGUCAGGAACGCAGCAGAGGGACAGCUCAUGCCUGACAAAUUCAGCUGCAGGUUCAAGGACACCUAUAAAGUGUAUCAGCGCGGCUGGCCCAAAGCACUCGGGGCAGCUCAGAUCGCCACUGCAGUCUUUAUCCUGUGUUUGGGAGUAAUCAAAAUCAGCUACUAUUAUUAUCAUCUUCCUUUUACUUAUAUUGUCAUGAUUCUCAGCAUCCUGUUCUUUGUUUCUGGCAGUCUUGCGAUCGCCGCUGCACAAACUCCCUUAAUGCCCUUGAUGAAGGUGUCGUUUGUCUUCAACAUCAUUAGCCUCUGCUUGGCAAUUAGCCUGGUCAUUUAUACAUGUGUGGAAAUUAGUGAAGAAUAUUACGGCUUUUAUGGUCCUCUUCAGACAUUUAAAAUGUGGAUGGGAUUAAACUGGAUGUUUUUAGUGUUGUUCCUCUUCGAGUUUCUCCUCUCUGUGAUCCUGAUCCACUGGGAGAGUAAAGCAUUGUGUCGAACUCAUUUCAACAGCCUGCCCAUGAUCACACUGAAGCAGGACAUGUGAGCUGUGAUGGACUUCAUAAGGCAAAUGUUUUGUGACUGUUAACCUCAGAUGAGUUUAGUUAU